UUAAGGCUUGGAGUAAGAAGAAUUCCAUGGCCUUACAUAUAAUCCAAAUUUCAUGUGGACCGGACUCAUUUUCUGAGAUUAUUGGGAUUGGUUCCGCAAAAGUCGCUUGGGAUAGGUUGGCAAAAUGGUUUCUUCAUGUUCUUGAGAAACAUAAUUAUGUAGAUUGGAGUGUUCGGGUAAGAACCUAUUUGAUGGCCCAUCAUCUUUGGGAAAUAAUUGAAGCAACCUCCCACCCUCCAAAGCAAGAAGAUGAUGAAGCUGUUUUUAAGGCUUGGAGUAAGAAGAAUUCCAUGGCCUUACAUGUAAUCCAAAUUUCAUGUGGACCAGACUCAUUGUCUGAGAUUAUUGGGAUUAGUUCAGCAGAAGUCGCUUGGGAUACAUUGGAAAAAAAGUUCAACUCAGGCGUCGACUAUGUUCAGUAUGAGGCCUUAAAGAAGGCUAUGGAAAGUGGUGAUUGGAACACUGCAGAGGAGUUCCUUAAGCGCCAACCGGAUGCAGCGGCUGCAAAAAUCACAGAUUAUGGCGAGACAGCUCUUGACUUAGCUGUUGAGGCUGGGCAUGAGGAUAUAGUGGAGAAGUUAGUGGAUUUAAUGUCCGAGGAAGACUUGGCAAUACAAGAUAUCUUUGGUAACACAGCUCUGGUUCAAAUAAUUAAUUCUGGAAACUACAGGAUGGCUGCAUGCAUGGUUAGAAAGAACAACAACUUGCUCCGCAUUAAAGAUUCGAAUCAAGAUAUUCCAGUUAGUAAGGCUCUUUUCCAUGGGGAAACAGAAUUGGCUAGAUAUUUCUAUUCUCUAACCCCGCUGGAACAUCUAACGCCAGAAAGUGGCUUCCACGGCGCUACACUUUGUUACCGAGCUAUAUAUAACCGAAGUUUAUAUAAGAAUGAACUUCUUCGGAUAUUGCUUUGGAUUUAAUUGAACAGUGUCCACGUUUGGCUCUUGCUCUUGAGAGAGAUGGUUCGUCCCCUUUGUAUGCUCUGGCCGAUAUGCCAAAUGCAUUCCGGAGUGGAGAUGGGCUCGUGUUUUGGAAACGAUGGAUCUACAGCUACUGUUAGUACCAAUCUCUUUUUCUCUUAUUGCUUCUCAUUAAAUUUCUUUCUGGUUUUAUGCACACGGCU